AUGGUGCAAAUCUGGCAGAUGGAACCGUACCCAUGCGGUGAUCCGCGAUUACCUCAUCAUGUUUUCCCGCCAAAAAUUAUCACUCCGGACGAGUUGUCAAGAAGAACGGGUACGCUCUAUUGGAAGCUUGACACUUUGGACCCAGUUGCGUUGUCGAAACGUCUUAAAGUGAUGAAAAUGGAGCGACAAUUCAAUAAGGAGGAUGUUUUUACUUUGGAUGCUGAGACUACGGCUAAUUUCAGAGAUAAGAUUGACGAGCUUUUCGAAGAGUCAAAUCAUCCUGAUGAUCAGGCCAGAAUGAUCAUCGAGGGUUCGGCAUACUACGAUGUAGAGGAUAAGGUAAUUUACCCAAAUCUUCUAGCACAGUGCGUAUCUUUAUGAAU